AAUAUUUAUUGGUGAUGAACUGUCAGUCUGUCUUUUUCUCUGGCUUAUGGUCAUCAUGUUUCAUCCAAACCAAGCAGCUCUGCUCUCCUUAUUAUUUAUGCACGGGGUCUUUGCAGCGGAUCAAAAAGUCGUCCACACGGAUGAAGAGGUGUCCAGGGGAGGCUCUGUCAUUUUUAUUUGCAACACAUCAAGAGAAAAUACAAAACAAAUCAACUGGAGCAAAGGCAGAUUUCGUUUUUUUCAUUCAAUGAAAGGAAAUGUGACUGUUUCAAAUUUAACCUCUGACAGACUGACAAUAGAUCUAUCCUCAAAGCUGAUUAUUUCUAAUGCUCAGGAAGAUGAUGAAGGACUAUAUACAUGUCAUUUAACUGAAUCUUCAGGGUCAACGACUUAUCGGUGGAAUUUAACCGUGUCUGACAGACCUGAAGAGGAGAAGUCAUUGUGGUAUUUCCCAUACAUACUCAUAGCUGGGAUCGGAGUGGUACUGUGUUGCAUCAUUUCAGCCACAUGCCACAUCCUUCUAUGUGGCAUCCCUCCAGCUGUUUAUCUCUGCAUGGAAAGCAAGAGCUGGGCCUCAAACCAGGACUUAACCUGCAGCAGAACCCUGAUCUAUGCCGUGGUUCAAGUCCCGUUUGGAGGAGGAGAGGUGCCUCUGAAUCUGCCCCAAAGCUGUGUGGAAUACAAGAUGAUGAACACUUGAAGGGACUCGACUUCAAUAUUUU